GGGAGGAAGCCAGUGAGAGAGAGAGAGAGAGAGAGAUCCAUGUGACGAGACUACCGAGAGCAGUGCAGCGGAGAGUUUGACACCAUACAGAGCUAGAUUAGGCAUUUGUAACUAUGCAGACUGGUAGAGUGCGUGUGUGAAUUGAGAGAGUAAUGUGCCGGAGCAGGAAAUGACUUUAGCAGCAAGAGAGUCACCGUUAUAGUCACAUGUUUAACGUGUCAGUGAUGCACACGCAGGGCUCAUGGAAGCCUCAACGGGCAGCACAGCAGAACUGCCAGAAGCAGAAUGCUCCGCUGUGGCCAGCAGGAUGUCGUUCUGCAGUCAGGAGGAGCAAGAGUCUCCUCUCGGCCUGCUAAGUGUCGCUGAGCUCAGUCUGGGCCUGCAGUCACUCAGCCUGCCCUGCUGGGAGAAGCCCUGGAACUGCACUGAGCCUGAACUUCCAGCCAGGCCUAGCUCUCCUGAAAACAUGCUGGGGUUGUGGCCUAGUCCUCUUGGCAGUGCUCUGGAUACUUUGCAGGGUUUUCAGAGCCAGGGCUCUUUGGGUGGAGGUGACCUGUUGGAAUAUUUUCCCAGCCUGACCCGCAUGACAGAGUCUCUUUCACUGCUAAACUCCGGAUCGAGCAGUCCUGUCGACUCUGAGACCAGCGGUAUCUCGUCUGGAUCUGACCACCUGACCAGUUUACGGAUCUCUCCUCCUAUGAAAUUCCACCUGUUUGACACUCAGAAAGAGGCUCUGUUGCCUAGCAUAGGGCAGCGAGAAGAUUCCAUCUCUCCUCUCACUCCCACCCUCCCUGCUGUACUUGAAGAGUCACUGGCUAAAUGCUGGACCAGAACAUCCCCCUGGCCCAGCUGGAGCACCCCGAAUGCACGAGAGCAUUCGUUCAGCAUUGAGACGAAGGCUCAGCUGCACAGACAGGCUGCAGCAACAAAUGAAGCUACUUGUACCUGGGCUGGACAGCUGCCUCCACGCAUCUACAAAAACCCCAUCUACUCCUGCAAAGUGUUCCUGGGAGGAGUGCCAUGGGACGUCACAGAGAGUAGUCUACUGAACACAUUUAGUGUGUUUGGAUCUCUAAAAGUGGAGUGGCCUGAUAAGGAUGGUAAACACUCUCAAUGCCCACCUCAAGGUUAUGUGUACCUAGUGUUUGAUUUGGAGAAAUCAGUGAAGGCUUUGCUGCAGGCCUGCAGCCAGCGUCACCUGCAUCCUACAGAUUACCUGGAGUACUACUACAAGAUUUCUAGCAAGAAGAUACGCUGUAAGGUGGUGCAGGUGAUCCCAUGGGUGAUCACAGACAGUAGUUUUGUGUGCUCCCCCUCGCUGCGGUUCUUCCCCAGUAGAACAGUGUUCGUUGGGGCUCUGCACGGCAUGCUGACGGCUGAAGCUUUGGCUCACAUCAUGAAGGAACUGUUCGGGGAGGUCGUGUACGCAGGGCUUGACACGGACAAGCACAAAUAUCCAAUAGGGUCUGGACGUGUGACAUUCAGGAACCAGAAGAGCUACUUAAAAGCAUUGACUGCUGCAUUUGUGGAAAUCAAGACCACCAAAUUCACAAAGAAGAUUCAGAUUGAUCCAUACCUUGAUGACUCCAUGUGCCAAAUAUGUAAUUGUCAACCAGGCCCAUUCUUCUGUAGAGAUCAGACUUGCUUUCAGUACUACUGCCGCUCCUGUUGGCACUGGCAUCACUCAGUGGACAUGCUGAGUAGUCACCGGCCUCUGAUGCGCAACCAGAAGAGUCUCAACCCAAGCUAAACAGCCGAUGCAAACGGUAACUCUGCUGCUAGCCCAGAGGUUUAUGGGCUCACCUGAACCACAGAGGUUUAACUGUGCCAUCUUCUCUUCAGCUCACGGAGCCGAGACAGAGAAUGACUAUAGAAAGUUCAUGUGUUGCACUGCUUUCUCUCUUUUCGCUGUUUACUUGUUCACUAAGGCACUAUGUAGAGUGAGGUGGCGAGUGAUGGCGGCCCAUUUGCACCAUUACCUGGGCAACCAUCACCAUGGAGAUAACCCCAGAUUUCUGCGGGUGGCAAAUAGAAAAAUGCCUCCCUGAUUUUUAGAGUUUUUUUUCCCACAUCUUUGUGUUUGAAUUUUUCAAAUGCAUGGCAUCUGUAUUUAUUAUUUAUCAUGCAAGUCUAGUAGCCUUUAUGCUGGUAGUUUUGUCAGUACAUUAUUAGUAUUAUUACUGAUUAAUCUUAGGUCAAAGACCCUUUUAUCUUGUGAUUAAUUUACUUUUUUAUUUACACACUCAUUUUUCUGGCUUUACUGGAUUAAGAUGUAGAUGUCAUUGCCCUGUGGAUCAUUUCUAACUACCUGGAGUAGGUAUUUUUAAUUUUUUCUUAACCAUUCUGAAAUGUUAAUGUGCAGCAGCAUUAAACAUCCCAUAUUUUGCUGCCAUUGCUAGUUAGGAAUAGUCAGAUCGUGGACUGUACAUAGUUUUAAUCGAAUUGUUGCACUUUAUUCAUUUGCACUUCGGGGAAGGGGGGAAAAACUGUAGUUUUAAAUCUACUCAUGUACAACUGUUGAAUGGGGGAGUUGUUUAAGCAUGGUCGUUUAAUUUACUGGUACUGUUUCUGGUCCUGUUCCUAGUGAAUUGAGCUAACUCUGAUUCAAGGUCUAUUGAUUAUAAACCAUUCUAGAUCAAAUGCAAUUUAACUCCCAGUUUUAUUUCAGAUUUAAGGCUCUGUGCCAAAGAAAGAUCUGGUCUUUCUCUACCUUUCUCUCUCUCUCUCUCUCUCUCUCUCUCUCUAUCUAUCUCUUUUGAGGUUUGUUGUGCUGAGCUUGUUGCCUGAUCCAACUGCUUUUUUAGAGUCUAAAAAUCUCUACCUCAUUGGUCUGCGAGUGUUGCCAUGGUUACAUAACUUCGAGGUUGUUCCAGUUGGGCACAAAUAAAAGUUGUUGAAGCAUUACAA